AUGGACCUGAGCUCCAGCUUUUCCAUAGAAUCUGGGCUCCUCCUGGCUGCCACCCUUGUGCUUCUCUAUCUAUAUGGGACCCGCACACAUGGAUGGUUCAAGAAGCUGGGGGUUCCGGGACCAAAACCACUACCCUUCUUUGGAACAUUGCUGCCCUGCUGGCCUGGGAUGUGGAAUUUUGACGUGUAUUGUUACAAAAAGUAUGGAAGAAUUUGGGGGGUUUUUGAGGGAUCACAGCCCGUGUUGGCUAUUACUGAUCCAGACCUGAUUAAAACAGUCCUAGUGAAAGAAUGUUAUUCUGUCUUCACAAACCGGAAGAACAUUGGUCCAAUGGGAAUUAUGAAAGAUUCUGUUGCUAUGUCUGAGGAUGAGCAGUGGAAAAGAUUAAGAACAUUGCUAUCUCCAAACUUCUCCAGUAGAAAGCUCAAGGAGAUGUUGCCCAUCAUUGCCCAAUAUGGAGAUAUGUUGGUGAAGAAUCUGAAGACAGAGGUAGAUAAGGGCAAACCCAUGACUUUGAAAGACAUAUUUGGAGCCUACAGCAUGGAUGUGAUUGCUAGCACAUCAUUUGGAGUACAUGUGGAUUCCCUCAACAAUCCCAAAGAUCCCUUGUUGGAAAAUACCCAGAAGCUCUUGAAAUUUAAUUUCUUCCAACCAUUCCUGUUCUUCAUUAUACUCUUCCCAUUCCUAACCCCAGUAUACAAACUAUUAAAUAUCUCUCAGUUCCCAAGAAGAGUCACUAGUUAUUUUAAAAAGUUUAUUCAAAGGAUAAAAGAAAGUCGUCUCAAAGAUAAUGAGAAGCAUCGAGUGGACCUUCUUCAACUGAUGCUCAACUCCCAGAAUUCAAAGACAGUGGAAACCCACAAAGCUAUGACUGACGUGGAGCUUGUGGCCCAAUCAAUUCUCUUUGUUCUUGCUGGCUAUGAUAGCACUACCAAUUCUCUUUCAUUUAUUAUGCAUUCCCUGGCCACUCACCCUGAUAUCCAGCUAAAACUUCAGCAGGAGAUUGAUUCAACAUUUCCCAAUAAGGCACCACCCACCUAUGACACCCUAAUGCAGAUGGAAUACCUUGACAUGGUCGUGAAAGAAUCUCUCAGAUUAUAUCCAGCUGUUGUCAGACUACAGAGGCUCUGUAAGAAAGAUGUGGAGAUCAAUGGGUUGAUCAUUCCCAAAGGCACAAUGGUGUCUAUACCAAUCUUAUUUCUUCAUAAAGAUUCAGAACUAUGGGUAGAGCCUGAAGAAUUCUAUCCUGAAAGGUUCAGUAGUGAGAACAAGGGCAGCAUCAAUCCUUAUGUCUACAUGCCCUUUGGAAUUGGUCCCCGAAACUGUCUUGGCAUGAGGUUUGCGCUCAUGAACUUGAAAUUUGCUCUUGUCAAAGUAUUGCAGAACUUCACCUUCAAACCUUGCAAAGAAACUCAGAUUCCUCUGAAAGUUAAAACGCAAGUUCUGGUUCGACCAGAGAAACCCAUUGUUCUAAAGAUUGAGCCCCGAGAAGGAUUUCUGAGUGGAGCCUGA